AUGCGUUGGAAAUCAGCGUGUUGUUUAAGAAUCCGGCGACCUACCAAAUCGGAUAGGUUCUGGGAGAGGCGGCUGCCGCCGGACUAUCAGGAUGUUCUCUCCAGAGCGGUUUCUCCUUUGAAGUUCAAGUCCUACGAAGAGCUCUAUACCCUCCUAUGUCAAGGGAUUUUAAUAGACGGGAAAAGAAAGUGGUUCUCAUUGGAAGAACAAACAGGGAAAAUACGGUAUGUCAUAAGUGCAAGAGAACUCUACAUUUGCUGGUCAAAUGAUGAACAAUAUUUCAAAUGGAAAUCCAAUAUGCCUGAGUCUAGGUUCCCAGAGGUUACUGAACUCCUUGAUGUGUGCUGGUUGGACAUCGUUGGAUCAAUCGAUUCUUGUAAAUUGUCACCUAAAACAACUUAUGGGGCUUAUCUCAUCCUAAAAUUUGUAUAUAAUGGUAAUUAUGGUAUCGAUGAUGGAUUAGACAAGCAACCUGCACGAAUUAGUGUCGAAGUUGGUGGCACUUUCAGCUCUGGAACUGCGUAUUUACGUCCUAACAGGAAUGUGCAUUUGUUGAGGGGACGCCUUCAAUAUCUGUACCGUAUGCAAGUUUUGUCCACUAACCCUUCUGAAUCCAUUCAACAACAACAAGAAGAAGAAGAAGAAAUUAAAGUUGAAGAAGAUGGAAGCACACAAAGAGUCGCCAAACCUAGAGUUGAUGAUGAUUGGAUGGAAAUUGAAUUGGGCAAAUUUUUCAUCGAUGGAGAUGCUGGGAAGGUUGAAAUGAGGCUAAAUGAAACUGGUGAUCACUGGAAAUGUGGUAUUAUAAUUGAAGGCAUUGAGGUGAGGCCACUGGAUUAACUACUUAUAACCACAAUAAUAUUGUUUUCAAG